AUGGAUGUUGAUAGCGAUAGCGAUAGUGAGAUUGAUAGUGAGAGUGAGACUAACUCGUAUGACGACAUGGACGCCUUGUUGAAUGAUAGAAUUUGGGAUGUGGCACAAGCGGAAGGGAUAAAAGAAGGUAUGAAUGAAUAUGCAAAGAAAUUCUAUAACUUGGUUGAAGAGGCUAGCAAAGAAUUGUAUCCCGGUUGCAACGGGUUUUCUACGUUGUCUUUCACCAUCCGACUAUACUUGUUAAAGUGUCAACAUGGGUGGAGUAAUGCCUCUUUUACUUCUCUCUUGGAGUUGCUAAAAGAGGUUAUUCCUAACUUAAAUAUUCCUACUUCUUUCAAUAAAGCCAAGACUAUGGUAAGAGACUUAGGUCUUGACUAUAAAAAGAUUGACGCAUGCCCGAACGAUUGCAUGCUAUAUUGGAAAGAGUACGAGAAGGACACAUCUUGUCAUGAAUGUGGCGCUUCUCGUUGGAUUGUGCAUCCUGUAGUUGAAGCUGAUGUUUUGCCUUCAAAAAAAUAUCACAAUAUUCUUGUGAAGACGUUGCGACACUUUUCCCUAAUUCCCAGGCUUCAAAGACUAUUCAUGUGCUCAGCAACAGCUAAAAGCAUGAGGUGGCAUGACGAAGAACGCAGAAAAGAUGAGAAGUUAAGGCAUCCUGCUGACGGGCAGUCAUGGAAGGACUUUGACAAUCAUCAUACAAAUUUUGCUCUCGAUCCCCAUAAUGUGAGACUUGGCUUGUCAAGUGACGGAUUCAAUCCAUAUCGAACCAUGAGCAUAUCUCAUAGCACGUGGCCUGUUGUUUUAAUGGCUUAUAAUUUGCCGCCAUGGAUGUCUAUGAAACAUGAAUACUUUAUGUUGUCGUUGCUAAUCCCUGGACCAAAGUCACCAGGAAAUGAUAUAAACAUUUACUUGCAACCUUUGAUCGAGGAGUUGAAGGAGUUGUGGGAGGUCGGGGUGGAAACAUAUGAUGCAUCCAAAAAUGAAACCUUCCAAAUGUAUGCAGCUCUUAUGUGGACAAUUAGUGAUUUUUCGGCUUAUGCAAUGCUAUCUGGUUGGAGUACAAAAGGGAAGCUAGCUUGCCCUUGUUGUAACCAUGGGACUUGUUCUAACUAUCUUAAAUAUAGUCGCAAGACAUGCUAUAUAGGUCAUCAUGCCUUUUUACCCGAGGAUCAUCCAUGGAGAGCUAAUAAGAGACCUUUCAAUGGAAAAGUAGAAUAUAGGCAAGCUCCACCAUUAUUGUCGGGUACUGAAGCUUUAAGUCAGUUGGAGUAUGUGGAUAAUUCAUUUGGGAAGCUAAAACCAAAGAAAGAUGGUCCAUGGAAGAAGAGGUCAAUAUUCUUUGAUUUACCUUAUUGGCAGUAUAACACAUCAUUAUGCCAAUUAGAGAGGAUCUUUCCUCCUUCUUUCUUCGACAUAAUGAUUCAUCUGCCUAUUCAUUUGGCUAAUAAAGUGAGAUUGGGAGGUCUAGUUCAAUUUCGGUGGAUGUAUCCUCUAGAAAGAUACAUGUGUACUUUGAAGUCCUAUGUUCGAAACAGAAGUCGUCUUGAAGGAUCUAUUGCAGAGUCAUAUUUGGUUGAAGAAUAUUUGACAUUUUGCUCGUGUUACUUACAUUCUGGUGUCCAAACAAAAUUGAAUAGACAACCCAGAAAUAAUGAUGAACCUAAUAAUUCUAUGAUGAAAACUACAGAUGUAUUUUCGAAUCUAUUUCCAAAAAGAGGUGUUCCUUUGGGUGCAAAGAAAGGUGAACCUUUUCUCCUUGACGACAAGUCUCGAGAGCAAGUUCAUAGCUACAUAUUAUUGAAUUGUCACAAAAUAGACGACUAUGUUAGUGAGCAUGAGACUUAUCAACAAGGAACACGAUGGAUGAGAGCUAAAAACCAUAGCAAAAACUUUCCUACAUGGUUUAAAACACGUGCUUUGCGGCAUGAUGUUCCAAAUUGGAUAAAAGAGCUCUCUAGAGGACCAACCCAAUGUGCAAAAAGAUAUUCUGGUUAUUCUAUCAACGGAUAUAGAUUUCACACUAGGCAACGUGAGGUAAGACGCAAGACACAAAAUAGUGGUGUUACUUUAGUAGCAUUAACGACAAGCUUUGCAAGCACAAAGGAUGCAAAUCCAAUUCAUGAAAACGUUUCUUAUUAUGGUAGAGUGAAUGAUAUCAUUGAGUUGGACUACUAUAGAAAUUUUAAGGUUGCAUUGUUCAAAUGUGAUUGGUAUGAGGCUUGGGAGGAUGCUUAUGGCUCGACAUAUGUGCAUUUUAACAAAAAGUGCUAUCAGGAAGAGCUUUUUGUAUUGGCAUGUCAAGUGCACCAAUGCUUCUAUGUGCAAGAUGCAUUUGAUAAAAAUAAACAUUAUGUAAUGAAGACUGUUCCAAGGGACCUAUUUAGCAUAAGUGAUCAAGUUGCCAUUGAUGCUGAAGAUACUUAUGAAAAUGAGCCAUUUGAUAAUUCGACGGUUCCUUCUAUACCUAAUGAUGAUGGUGAAGUAGACUUGGUAAGGAAUGAUUUGAAUGAAGUUCUGGUCGAUGUCGCAAAAGAAGUCUAUUUUUCCCAAGAGUAUAACACAGGAUCGGAUGAAGAAUAUGAUUCCGAAGACUUUUGAGUG